CAGAUGUGGAAGGUGAAUGUGCCCAAAACGCCUACAAAUCAGAAUGUUUCCCCAUCCCAGAGAGAUGAAGUGAUUCAGUGGUUGGCCAAACUCAAGUACCAAUUCAACCUUUACCCAGAAACGUUUGCCCUGGCUAGCAGUCUUUUGGACAGGUUUUUAGCUACUGUAAAGGCUCACCCAAAAUACCUGAGUUGUAUUGCAAUCAGCUGUUUUUUCCUAGCUGCCAAGACUGUUGAGGAGGAUGAGAGAAUUCCAGUACUGAAGGUAUUGGCAAGAGACAGUUUCUGUGGAUGUUCUUCCUCUGAAAUUCUGAGAAUGGAGAGAAUUAUUCUGGAUAAGCUGAAUUGGGAUCUUCACACAGCUACACCAUUGGAUUUUCUUCACAUUUUCCAUGCCACUGCAGUGUCAACUAGGCCUCAGUUACUCUUCAGUUUGCCCAAACUGAGCCCAUCCCAACAUUUGGCGGCCCUUACCAAGCAACUACUUAAGUAUAUGGCCUGCAAUCAACUUUUGCAGUUCAAAGGAUCUAUGCUUGCUCUGGCCAUGGUUAGUUUGGAAAUGGAGAAACUUAUUCCUGAUUGGCUCUCUCUUACAAUUGAAUUGCUUCAGAAAGCACAGAUGGAUAGCUUCCAGUUGAUCCACUGUCGGGAGUUUGUGGCACAUCACCUUUCUACUCUGCAGUCUUCUCUGCCUCUAAAUUCCGUUUAUGUCUACCGUCCCCUCAAGCACACCCUGGUGACCUGUGACAAAGGAGUGUUCAGAUUACAUCCCUCCUCUGUCCCAGGCCCAGACUUCUCCAAGGACAACAGCAAACCAGAAGUGCCAGUCAGAAGUACAGCAGGCUUCUGCCAUCAUCUCCCAGCUGCCAGUGGGUGCAAACAUACCUCUGCUAAACGCAAAGUAGAGGAAAUGGAAGUGGAUGAUUUCUAUGAUGGAAUCAAGCUGCUCUAUAAUGAAGAUAGUGCUUCAGAAAACAUGGGUUCUGUGUGUGGCACUGAUUUAUCAAGGCAAGAGGGACAUGGUUCCCCUUGCCCACCUCUGCAACCUGUUUCUGUCAUGUAGUUUCAACAAGUGUUACCUUCAAGUGCAAACUAAGGUAGUCUACUCUGGGAAUGGGACCAUGUAAAACCAGUAAAGAGGCUAUAAAAGGAUAUAAACCUUAACAGGCUAAAUUGAAGUGAGCCAGAAAAAAAAACUUGUUUACUUGUGCGGCUAAUUAUAAUUCAACAUUAUUUAAGCACUUAAAAGACCAAAAAAAGUAUAAAAUUUUCAAAAGACCCAAAAACUAAAAAAAAAAAAAAGAAAAAAAGGCAAAAAAUUUAUUUGUAGUGUUUGUCAGUUACAGUUUU